AUGGCUCGCGGUUCCCCGGCACUGUGCACCAUUCUGGUGGUGCUGGGCGCUUGUGGUGCAUUCUCUGGAAGCUUUGUGACAGGACGUCUGGCUGGCUGUUCGCCACCUGCCCGUGUGGAGGCAUUAAACAGGCGAGCCACUGAUGGCGACAGCACGAGCCGCCGAGGCUUUCUAGAGACAAUUACAAAGCCGUCGCCAGCAACAGCAGUCGUCGCCGUUCUGACCUUGGUGAUCGUUUACGUUCUCACUCGCGAGGAAAAGGCCAGAAAGGGCAAAGUCUGUGUCCGCAGCCAGCAGUAUCUCGACGACUACCUGGCAGACCCUGCAAAAGUGGAGCGACUUGCAGCCAAAGGGGUGCCCUACGACAAGAUGAGGUCAUACCUACAAGAUCCUGGCUGUGUUGAGUUCGCCGACUACUGGCAGAACCUCCUUACCGCCCGGUCGUUCUGGGACGCUGGUGAGGAAUACAAAGUGGGCUAG